CUUUCAAGGCUGAUCUCUCGAUUUUACCUCCUUCUCUUUUGAUUAUUUCCGUUGAUUAAUUCUUCCUCCUGUAAUAGUGUAAUAUCACAACUGAAUAUAAAGAUGCUGUAAAGUUUUAAAUGUUGAAUACUGCCUGUUGUAUUUACCUGAUCGGAAUUUUCGACGUUACCUCGUAAAUCAGCUUAGUAAUAAAACCGGCUAUGUCUGAAUCAGAUGCCUGGCAGGAGAUCCAGGCGAUAAAGACGAAGAGGAACAGCCUCAGGGAGAAACUGCAGAAGAGGAAGAAAGAGAGGCAGGACAUUCUCAACUCAGAGAGUGGGUUAACGUUAAACGAGUCAUCGGCAGUACAAUCAGCAACACAGAAAGAUGGAGAAGAGUCAACUGAAAACAAACAAGAUCUUGAGCUUGAAAAGUGCUUACUUGAAAUUCUCUGUGAGAUAUCGCCCAAUUUACCAAGCAGCUCACACUUAGUGCUUCCUGUUUUGAACAAGAAACUCGGUCGGAAUGUGACUGAGGAAAAUCUGGACAACUUGCUGCAAAAAUUGUCCACACAGCAGUUGAUCAGUGUGGAGGUGAGCGCAGAAGGCAAAGGGCUGGAAAUUCUUUCGGCUGAACAUGUAAAGCUGCAAGCUAUGAUAAACGACGUCAACAGUGCCAACAGUUGUAGAAUCGAGAUCAAACGGAAAAGCUCAACCGAUAAAGAUUCUGCUUCAAAAGAGCCUGCGGCCAAAGUUGCGAAGAUUGUUGAAAAAGAUGAGAGAAAAGCUGGCAAAAAAACUACAGAUAUCAUGUCUUUAUUAUCAAUGCCAUCCAUUAAAGAAAAAGAAAGCAAACGUGUUGGAGAAGAGAUUUUAGAGCUUUUAAGUAAACCAACUGCAAAAGAAAGAUCCCUAGCUGAAAGGUUUCGUUCAAAUGGUGCCCAAGUAACAGAGUUCUGUGCUCAUGGGACUCGCGCUGAGUGUACCAAGGAAAAUAAAGGAACACAUUGUAAUAAACUUCACUUCAAAAAAAUAAUUCAAAAACACACUGACGAAUCCUUAGGAGACUGUUCUUUCCUGAACACAUGCUUCCACAUGGAUAGUUGUAAAUAUGUACAUUAUCAAGUCGAUGGGGCACCCGUACAAAAAGAGCAUCGUAUUAUGAAGGAAGAAGGUAGAAUGUUGACAGACAAAACAAUUUUAUACCCGCCACAAUGGAUUCAAUGUGAUCUUAGAUAUUUAGACAUGACGGUUUUAGGUAAAUUUGCUGUGAUAAUGGCAGAUCCGCCUUGGGAUAUCCAUAUGGAACUUCCUUAUGGCACUAUGUCAGAUGAUGAAAUGAGACAACUUGGCGUUCCUGCUCUUCAAGAUGAUGGAGUCAUAUUUUUAUGGGUUACCGGAAGAGCCAUGGAACUUGGAAGAGAAUGCCUCCAGCUUUGGGGCUAUGAACGUGUAGACGAGUUGAUCUGGGUAAAAACAAAUCAAUUACAAAGGAUAAUCAGGACCGGAAGGACAGGCCACUGGCUCAAUCACGGAAAGGAGCAUUGCCUAGUUGGAAAGAAAGGCUCAGUUAGUCAUCUAAACCGUGGUCUCGACUGCGAUGUCAUUGUGGCAGAAGUACGAGCGACAAGCCACAAACCUGAUGAGAUUUAUGGCAUCAUCGAAAGGCUUUCACCAGGGACUCGGAAAAUCGAGCUAUUCGGGAGGCCUCACAAUGUCCAACCCAAUUGGAUUACUUUGGGCAAUCAGGUCGACGGAGUUCGCUUAGUCGAUCCUGAAUUAAAAGAUGCAUUUCGCAAAAGAUAUCCUAGAGGAAUGGAACAUCCUACAAGUUAACUUAUUAUUAUUUUCAAUUUUUAUAUUUUAUUGUAAUAAUUGCUCACAACUGUACAAAUUUUAAUAUAAAUAAACAGUA